AUGGCGUACAGCCCACUCAAUAUCCCAGACAACCUCUACGUAGGAGGCCUCUGGGCGCUCCAGCGCUCCGAUCAGCUGUCGGAAAAGGGCAUCACGCACGUACUAUCCUUGUAUGGAUUCCCUCCCGGUUCUCUCAAAAACUUCAAGAAUGAGCCAUGGACCGAAUAUGGAAAGCAAUAUCAGCACCUCAGUAUCGAUAUUGACGACGUCGAAGAGACCGACAUUCUAAUCGAGUUUCCGAAAGCCGUCAAGUUCAUUGAGGGCGGCCUCACCAGCGUCAGUCAAACCGGCCAACCAGGUGCUGUUUUUGUCCACUGCGCUGCGGGGAAAUCUCGUUCAGUCUCUUGCAUUAUAGCCUUCAUGUUGUGGAAGUAUCCCAACAAGUUCGAUCCCUCCGCUGUAUCGGGUUCUCCCCAAGCACGGACAGAGACGGCCAAGGAAGCGGUCAACGCAGCUCUUACCCUUGUACGACAAACACGACCCAUGGCAGAGCCUAAUGAUGGCUUCAUGGAGCAACUGCGCAUGUGGUGGACAAUGGGGUGCCCGGAAGACGUGGAAGAACAACCAAUAUAUCAGCGCUGGGCGUAUCAGCGAGAAGUCAGCGAAAGUCUGGCUGUGGGACAGGCUCCCUCCCGACUCCGAUUCGAGGACGAACAGACCGGAAAGGUUGAGACGUCCGGAUCGAGCUUGCGCUGCAAGAAAUGCCGCCGUGUACUUGCGACCUCACAAUUUAUCGCCAAGCACAGACCUGGCGACGGCUCAACCAACUGCCAGCACUUUUUUAUCGAACCAUUGAGCUGGAUGCGCCCGGAAUUAGAACAAGGAACUCUCAAUGGUCGAUUGACUUGCCCCAAUGAUCGUUGCGGCGCCGCCGUUGGUCGCUACGAUUGGAAGGGGUUCAAGUGCACAUGCGGUGCCUGGCUUACGCCCGCAUUCUCGUUGCAGCGAGCUAGAGUUGACGAAGCUGCUGUAGCUGUGUCUGGUCCUGGUGGUAAUUUGGGUAUUCGACUUCCCCCUGGUUCUGGCCGCGGGAACCUCUAA